AUGGUGUUCAUCUCUUCAACAGCCCCUGCAGCCGGCACACUGCAGUUCUCCAACUGGCUGCCUGUGUGCAACGGCCCAUUCUACCUUGUGCUUCGCCUGUAUGGCCCCUCCAAAUUUGCCCAGGACGAGUAUGAUGUGGUCAUAGUGGGUGCCGGGCAUGCUGGGUGCGAGGCAGCGCUGGCUAGUGCCAGGCUGGGCAGCAAGACACUCUUGCUCACCCUCAACCUGGACAGGAUCGCCUGGCAGCCGUGCAAUCCGGCAGUAGGCGGCCCGGCCAAGUCUCAACUGGUGCAUGAGGUGGACGCGCUGGGUGGGGAGAUGGGGAAGAUGGCCGACCGGACAUACCUGCAGAAGCGCAUCCUCAACCGCUCAAAGGGGCCGGCGGUGUGGGCGCUGCGCGCGCAGACAGACAAGUUGGAGUAUGCGCGUGAGAUGCGGCGGCUGCUGGAGCGCACUCCCAACCUGGACAUCCGUGAGGGCAUGGCCGUCGACAUCCAGCUCGGGCCAAACGACGAGGUGACGGGUGUGCGGACGUAUUUUGGCAUCACGUUCCGGUGCCGCGCGGCCGUCAUCACGACCGGCACAUUCAUGAACGGCCGCAUCUGGGUCGGCCGCACCUCCAUGCCCGCCGGCAGGGCCGGGGAGGCGCCGUCGACGGGUCUCACAGAGGCGUUGGUGGGCCUGGGAUUUGAGACAGACCGGCUCAAGACGGGGACGCCGGCGCGCGUGGACAGCCGCACAGUUGACUACUCCGGCCUCGAGGCGCAGCCGGGCGACCCCGACGUGCGCUGGUUCAGCUUCGACUCCUCGGUGCAUGUGGAGCGGGAGCAGAUGAGCUGUUACUUAACUCGAACGACGGCGGAGACGCAUGCUAUCAUACGGGACAACCUGGCGGAGACGCCCGUAUACGGGGGGUGGGUGGACAGCGCGGGGCCGCGAUACUGCCCCUCCAUCGAGGACAAGAUCGUGCGCUUCGCCGACAAGGACUCCCACCAGGUGUUUUUGGAGCCGGAGGGGCGCGACACGCCGGAGCUGUAUGUGCAGGGCUUCUCAACGGGGCUGCCCGAGCGCCUGCAGCUCGCCCUCCUGCGCACCCUGCCAGGCUUGGAGCGGUGUCGCAUGCUGCGGCCGGCAUACGCGGUGGAGUACGAUUACCUGCCAGCACACCAGUGCAACGCAUCACUGGAAACCAAGCGCUUCUCCGGGCUCUUCUUCUCUGGGCAGCUCAACGGUACCACCGGCUACGAGGAAGCUGCCGCACAAGGGUUGGUGGCUGGCAUGAAUGCUGCCAGGCGCGCUCAGGGGUUGGAGGUGGUGACUCUGCCGCGCAACAGCAGCUACAUCGGCACACUCGUGGACGACCUUGUCACCAAGGAUUUGAGGGAGCCGUACCGCAUGCUCACAAGCCGCUCGGAGUACCGGCUGCUGCUGCGAUCGGACAACGCUGACAGGCGGCUGACGCCGAUGGGUCGCCAGCUGGGCCUCGUGGACGACGCCAGGUGGCGCAUGUUCCAGGAUAAGCAGGCGGCAAUUGAUGUCGAGAAAGAGCGGCUGGCGGCUGUGCGGGUGCGCGAGGACAGCUCUCUGGCGCAGGCGGCAGCAGAAAUAUCUGGGCAGCAGGUGCCCAGCAUCGCCUCACUGGAGGAGCUGCUGCGACGGCCCCACGUGCACUACCCGCUGCUGGAGAGGCAUGGGCAGGGAGGUGCAGAGGGCUUGAGCCUGGCAGAGAAGGAGGCGGCGGAGAUCGACAUAAAGUACGCCGGCUUUGUUCGUCGGCAGGAGCGGCAGCUGGCGCAGAUGGAGCAGCGGCAGUCGCUGCAGCUGCCUGCUGACCUGGACUACCACGCCAUAACCACCCUGCGCAUGGAAGCCCGUGAGAAGCUGGCCAAGAUCCGGCCUAGAGACAUUGGGCAGGCGACGCGGAUAGGUGGAGUGAAUCCCGCAGACAUUGACAGCCUGCUCAUAUACCUGGAGGUUCAGCGGCGACAGCGCUCGGCCCCGCCUUUGUCAGCCAGGCAACGCCGCGAGGCGCAUGCCGUGCCAACGUGA